AUGUAUUUUGGUACUUUCAUUGCCCUGGCUGUGCCCUGUGCACACGCCCUGCUACAGAAGGAUAAUGUCGGUAAACUGCCAGCUUUGGGGUGGAACAGCUGGAAUGCCUUUGGGUGCAAUGUCGAUGAAACGAAAAUAAUGACGGCUGCGAAUCAGAUCGUAGCUCUCGGUCUGAAAGAUGCCGGCUAUGAAUAUGUAAACAUCGAUGACUGCUGGUCCACCAAAUCCGGCCGGAACACAAGCGACCAACAAAUCAUCCCGGAUCUUUCCAAGUUCCCUACUGGAAUCAUCGGAACCGCCCAGAAAAUACACUCGCUCGGCCUCAAGAUCGGCAUCUACAGCAGCGCCGGCGUCAGUACGUGCGCUGGCUAUCCAGCAUCCCUUGGCCACGAAGCCAUCGAUGUCGCCACCUGGGCGGCAUGGGAAAUCGACUACCUGAAAUACGACAACUGCGGCGUCCCUCCCCGCUGGAAUGAUCAAUACAACGACUGCGUCCCGGAAUUAUCAGGAGGGCCCUACCCGAACGGGACGUGUCCGAAUCUGCAAAACCCUGCGCCGAGGGGCUAUGAUUGGAGCCAGUCCAACUCGUUCCGCCGCUAUGCGACGAUGCGCGACGCGCUCCUUCUACAGAACCGGACGAUUCUCUACAGCCUCUGCAACUGGGGUCUGGCAGGCGUUGACUCCUGGGGUAAUGCUACUGGCAACUCCUGGAGGAGUUCGGGCGACAUUGAACCAUCGUGGUCGCGCAUCAUGGAGAUCUUUAACUUCAACAGCUUUCAGCUGACCAGUGUUGGCUUCUGGGGCCAUAAUGAUGCGGAUAUGUUGGAGGUUGGCAACGGGGGCUUGACUGAUGCCGAGUGCAGGUCUCACUUUGCGUUCUGGGCGGCAAUGAAGAGCCCGAUUAUCAUUGGCACAGAGCUGGAAAGGUUGAAGAAGGGUGUAGUUGAUGUGUUGAAGAACGGGUAUCUCCUGGCUUUCAAUCAGGAUGACGUGUAUGGCGGCCCAGCGACCCCUUACAAAUGGGGGGUAAACCCCGAUUGGACUUUCAACAAGACGAACCCGGCCGAGUAUUGGAGUGGGAGGAGCUCAGGAGGGACGUUGGUGCUGGCGUUCAAUAGUCUAGGGACGCAAGCUGCGAGAGAGAUCUUGUGGGAGGAGGUUCCGGAAUUGAUCGGUGGCUACAGCUGGAUGGUGACGGAUAUCUGGAGUGGGGUAAGCUUAGGAUGCGUUGAAAAGGGGAUCAGGAGGACAUUGGACAUUCAUGACACGAUGGGAUUCAUGAUAGGGGAACGCUGUGGCAAAGGCCAGAUUGUGAGCGCGGAAGGAUUGCAGAGUGAGCUGUGA